AUGGACAUCGACAACGAGAUGAUGGUGCAGGUGUUCACGGAGGGGCAGAACAUUGAGCCUUUCUUCACCGUGCCUCGGCGCAGCGACUCAAAGCCAGGCAAGAGGAGGAACAUCAACCGGCAUCAUCAAGCCGGCGCAAUGCUGCUUGACGCCGACUACUUUAACAACGACGUGACUCAUUCGCUGAAGGAAUUUCGACGCCGGUUUAGGAUGAACAAGGAGUUGUUCUUGAAGAUUGUCUACGGCGUCCUGGAGUACGACGACUACUUCAUGGCCAAGCAAGAUUGCACAGGUUUGUGGGGCUUCACCUCAAUUCAGAAGUGCACUGCUGCAAUGCGCUGUCUUGCAUACGAAGCUCCUCCAGAUACAGUUAAUAACUACCUACGGAUGGCGGAGUCGACAUGUACAGAGACUCUCUGCAAGUUUCACCGAGCCGUCUGGUGA